CUCUGAGCCGUGCAUUCCCCCCUCUUCCUUCCCGUUAAACUAAUCUCUGUCGGUCCGCUGCUUACACCUGCCGCUCCCCGUCUCUCACGUCCAGCCUCACUCAACAUGGAUGAUUUUGACAUGCUGAACGCCCCGGCCGCCGAUAACGGUGUCGGUUCGGAGGAGGACCCUGCCGCCGCCUUCCUGGCCCAGCAGGAGAGCGAGAUCGCGGGGAUCGAAAACGACGAAGGCUUCAGCAUCCUGGACAGCGGAGAGGUCCCCUCGUCGCUGGGAGAGUCUAAUGAUGGUGCCAUCAAUGGAGAUCUUCAUGUGGAAAGCAACGGGCCAUCAGAUGCUUACGCAGCAAUUUCCAGUGCUGACCGGCUGCAGGCCGAACCUGAAAGCCUACGCAAGUGGAGGGAGGAGCAAAGCGAGAGGAUGGAGCUUCUAGACGACAACUCUCGCCAACAGGAGUCUGAGUGGAAGGACAAGGCCAAGGUGGAGCUGGAGGAGUGGCACGCCAGGCAGAACGAGCAGCUGGAGAAAACCAAAACCAACAACAGGGUGCUGGAUGAAGACUUCUACAAGCAGCCCUUCUCUGAGCUCAUUGGUUAUGUCACACACAUUAACCAUCCUUGCUACCGCCUAGACCAGGCGGCCGAGGAGGCCAUGGUUUCAGAUCUGGAUGAGAACAACCCCGGCACAGAGUGGGAGCGGGUGGCUCGGCUCUGCGACUUCAACCCCAAGUCCAGCAAGCAGGCCAAAGACGUGUCCCGCAUGCGCUCCGUCCUCAUCUCCCUGAAGCAGUCUCCGCUCGUCCGCUAGGCUGCCGAGGCCGCUCAGGGCAUCAUUCCAUAUCAUCCUCUUAUCACCACACAUACCUACCAACCUAGCUACCGACGUCCCACCAUUUGUAUUCUAAAGACAAGGGGGCUUGCACCUCAUCUGUCUCCAUCUGUUUGCCAUACACAGCCCUUCCCCCCAGUGGAAGGACAGAGCCAGUGGUCCAAUCCCCAUCUAUCUCCUCCUGGCAGGGCUGUAGAGAUUAGCCUCGAAGCACCAGCUCACCAAGUUCUGCCCCCCUGAAAGGUUUGAGAACCUCCUCUGCAGACAAAGCCACACCUCGUAAUUCCUCUUCCUUGUUGUUUAACGAGAUCAAGACCAGUUAGAUCUUAUGUCAGGAAUAACCAGACCAGUUCUCUGUAGUCUUGUGUAGGGCUGGUGAGUUGGGACACUAAAAGGGAAGGGUUGAUGUUUGUUUGGGCCGACAGCGACACUACAGCCUGCUUCUCAUGGCCCCCAAACAAUAUCAUUUCCCAUGAUGCUGUACUCAUUCUGAUCCUGUCAAUGUUUGAUCUGUGAGGGUUGGUUGUUAAAUGGAUUUAAUUUGCCCUCCAUCUCCCCAUGUUCUCCCAGCCUCACAAAAAAGUAUCUCCAGCAUUUUCUUUUCUUCUUUUUGGUUAAGGACCAAACUAAAGCAAAACUCCAGUUCUUUGACCCAUGUGUGUUUAGAGCCUGCUUGUGGUAUAUGUUGUUAAAUUUUCCAAUCUAUGCAUUUCCUUUUGAAAGAUCCCCCCCCCCCCCCCCCCCCCCCCCCUCCAGUCAGGAAGUCCUGUGAUUACAGUAUAUGUGAGCUGUUUGUAUGUGCGUUUAAACCUCAACAGUGUGUGUAUGUACUCUAUGUGUGUACCUUUGUACAUAUACAGAAGGCAAUAUAUAUACAGAAUAUAAAACGAUUAUGUCAUUGAAAUUAGACACUUGUGGUUUUAACGAUAACUAAAACGAUCAGCCAGCUGUUGCUUGACCAUGUGUGUUCAUUGUCCUUUUGAUUUCAAUAUCAGUAAAAGUUGAAUGAAA